UUCAUUUUAGAUUCAGUUUGUCUGCAAAUCUUUUUAUUAACACAAAUUUUGCAAUGCUAAACCGUGUCUCAACGAGGACGUUUUCUCUCUCUGUAAAAUGGUUACAAACACCACAUUCUCGUGUAGCUGCUGAGCCAUUCAUGAAUGGAAGUUCUGGAAUAUAUAUUGAGCAAAUGUAUGAAAGUUGGUUGCAUGAUAAGAGUUCUGUUCAUAAAAGUUGGGAUGCUUACUUCAGUUCCAAGAACUAUGGGAUGUAG